GGCGGCACCUCGCCGAGGACUGCAGGCGAGGGCGCCGCGGGGUCGCCGGCCGAGGGCGCCGCGCUGCCCGCUUGGAUGCGCCUCUACUUCUACGGGAUGCACGGGGUCACCCUGGACGUGCUCCUGUCCGCGGCGCGGCGCUUCGCUCGCCGCCCGGACCUCCGGAUGCUGGGCUUCUCCUCGCCCUACCGCUGCCUCCUGCACUCGCUCACCCACUUGGCCCUGGAGAAAGUCUACUUGCAGCAGCGGCGCUGCCCCAGCGCCUUCGUCUUCAAUUUCCUCCUCUACCCCUCGGCCCACGUGGGGCUGCAGACCCUGGCUGGCGCGCUGCUCCGCCGGGUCGGCGGGCCGGGGGGCGCAGCGGCGCCGGGGGCGCUGGACUUGGCCGUGCAGUACAUGCUGGCUCUGUAUCACUGCCAAGUAUUCCUGAAGCGCUUCCUGCGCUUGCGGUACCAGAGGCGGCAACAGCUGCGGGGCGCGCCCCCAACCCCUGCCGGCGCCCGGGCCCCAGCGACAGCCGGUGGUCGGCGGCGGCGACCUCGCGGUCCCAGGGGCGCCGGGGGAGCCCCCAGGCAGGGGCUGCCGGACCCGCUCCGCUUCCUUUUCUUCGGAAUGCACGGCUUUUUGGAUGAGAUCUUCUUCACCUUCUUCUUUAACCUGCUGGGGCCCGGGGACGGGACGAGCAGCGGCCACACGUCGCUCUGGUCCUUCUUUAUGUACGGCAGCUGUAGUUUUGUGGUGGAAAAGCUCUAUUUCCACCUCCACUACAGUCGGGGCUGGGGCACCUGGAAGCGAGUACCCUUCUACGUGAUCUUCAUCUACGCGUGGGAGUUGUCCUGGGGCCUGGGACUCCGCACUUGGGGAGCCUGUUCCUGGGACUAUUCUCACUAUCCGCUCAAUUUCAUGGGCCUUAUCACUCUGAUGUAUUUACCUGGUUGGAUUUUCCUUAGUGUGUACCAGGACCUACUUUCCAAUGUGUUGUGGCGGGUGCAAUACGUACCUACUAACUAAGACCAAAAAAAAAGGGGGGCACUAGAUUGUCAUGAAUGAAGGCGAUUUAUUUUUACACAAUAAAACGG